AUGGUCGAAAUGGACGGCGGCCCAUCGUCCAAACCGCCGCCCCCGCCGCCGCCACCGCCGAUCUCAGAUAUGCUGCAGAAAUUCGCCCUCGCCUUCAAGGCAAAGACGUACGAGCUCUUCUCCGAGGACUACUCCGCCGUCCCCUCCGCAGAGUGCGACGGCGACGUCUCCCUCCUCCUCGACUCGGCCGAGGAGUUCAUCCCCGACCAGAAGGUCGUCGUCAUCAAACCGGACCCGGUGAAAAACAAAGAUGAUUCGUCGGGCGAGUUGAUUCGUGCUCUCAUUCCUUCGCUCCUCGCCACCGUCUCCUCCUUCGAAGUUUCGUAUCUCCAGUUCCAGGCGGCGCACGUGCCGGAGAUUGACCAGAAUGCCCUCGAAGCAGCGGACAAGUUGAUAGUCUCGAUUCUCGAGAAAUUGGCCGAGAUGAAGAGCUUGUACAGGGACUCGAAGAAGGGAUCUGUCUCGGGCGGUGGUUUCGAGUUUCCAGCGGGGUCAUUUCUGGAAUUUCGAGUGCAGGAGAAUCAGAGCAAGCUUAGGGUCCUGGAGACGAUGGUGAACUCGUUGCAGUCGCAAAUGGACGCCAAGGACGACGAGGCGAGUGGUUUGAGGAAGAAAUUGGAUAAAAUUAGGGUUUGCAAUGUCCAUUUAUCACGAAAAUUGGGGGUGAAAAGGGGAAAUGCCGGUUUUGAUGUUCUGCUUACAAUUCGAGUGUUUGAGGCCAUACUUGCUGACUCCGUGAAAGCGGUACGGUGUUUUGUGAAGCUGUUGAUGAACCUGAUGCAGAGGGCUGGCUGGGAUUUGGAGAAAGCUGCAAACUCUGUUUAUUCUGGGGUCGAUUAUUUGAAAAAGAGCCAUUAUCGGUAUGCAUUUUUAUCAUAUGUUUGUCUGGGAAUGUUUCAUGAUUUCGACAAGAAUGAUUUCGGCUUAUGCAAUGAUGAACUGAUUUGCAAUGAGAAUGGUGAAAUUGUUGAUGAGCGAAAUGGUUCUAUGAGGCAAUUAAUCGAACAUGUCACGAACAAUCCCAUGGAGAUUCUGAGCAUGAACACAAAAUGCGGGUUCGCUAGAUUUUGCGAGAGGAAGUAUGAAGAGCUUGUUCACCCGACAAUGGAGUGCUCGAUUUUCAGACAUCUGGACAGGAAGGAGAAGAAAGUGCUCGAUUCUUGGAAAUCGUUGUCUGUUUUUCACGAGUUGUUUGUUAGGAUGGCGAGCUCGAUUUGGCUGCUUCAUAAGCUGGCCUACUCAUUUAAUCCCGUGAUUGAAAUUUUCCAGGUCGAGAGGGGAGUGGAAUUCUCGAUGGUGUACAUGGAGAAUGUUUUGGGGAAAAAAGUUGUUUUUGUGGGGAAGAGUAAGCCGAUAGUUGGAUUUACGGUUGUACCGGGAUUCAAAGUCAACAAGACAGUUGUUCAAUCUCAGGUUUAUCUUACUAAUUCAAGAUAA